AUGUCCACGAUUGUCGAUGCGCGUCCUCGCGGAAACUACGUCCCAGUCGACUGUCCUGAAUGCGCGUCUCCGCAAGAGUACCAGAUUCCACCGACAUACAUCGGCACCCUCCGCGUGCGCUGUUCAGCAUGCAAGGCCAUGUUCGCUCACGAUGCCGCGCGGCGCAGUAACAACGCGUCGCCUAAUCCGCCGCCCAAGGCGUCGAAGCGCCGCGGGGGGAUCGGCACGGACGCCAACCCCAUUGAUAUGGCGUACUAUGAUGUCCUGGGACUUGAGGCGAGCGCGACGAGCGAGCAGAUCAAGAAGGCGUACCGCCGGCUGGCGAUCAAGUUGCACCCGGACAAGAACCGCGACGACCCCGAUGCCGAGGAGAAGUUCAAGCAGAUCAGCGUCGCGUACCAAAUCCUGUCCGACCCAAAAACGCGCAAGAGCUACAACGAGUUUGGGCAGAAGAACGGUGGCGGUGGCGGCGCGGAGGAGACGCAGAUCGACCCCGAGGAGGUGUUUGGCCAGAUGUUUGGCGGCACGCGCUUCGAGGACCUCAUCGGAACAAUCAGUAUUGGCAAGGACAUGAAGGACGUGUUCCAGCAGCAGCACGAGGAGGAAGCCGACGACAUUGUCAUGGUCAACGGCAAGCCGCAGCUGAGUCCGGAGGCACAAGCGCGGCGCGCGGAGCGCGAGCGCAUUCAGAACGAGGAGAAGGCGCGGGAGCGGGCCGAGCGUGUUGACAAGCUGUCGGCCAACCUCGUGCGCAAGCUCAGCAUCUUCACCGAGGCCGCCAAGAGCCCGGACGACCCGCUGGUCGGGCCGAGCUUCAAGGAGAUCUGCCGCCUCGAGGCCGAGGAUCUCAAGGAGGAGAGUUAUGGUGUCGACCUACUGCACUCGAUCGGGUACACGUACAAGUCGCGGUCUGCCCAGUACUUGGCAUCGGCCCAGUUCGCACCGCUCGGCUGGUUCCAUGGUGCCAAGAACACCUUCAACGCCGUGUCCGAGGCCGUAUCCACUGUCCGCUCCGCGCUUGAGCUGAAGAGCGUAUUUGAGAAGCUGCAGGCUGCCGAGCAGUCCGGCGUAUCGCCCGAGGAGUUGCGCAAGCUUGAAGAACAGGCGGCCGAGCAGGGUGUUCGCACACUCUGGAAGGGCGCCAAGAUGGAGGUCGAGAGCGUAAUCCGCGAGACGUGCGACAAGGUGCUCUCCGACCCCACUGUGUCGCGCGAGAAGCGCGAGCUUCGAGGUGCCGCGAUGGGCUUAAUGGGUGACGCGUUCAUUUCCAUCCGCGCGGGCGACUCUGGACCAUCGGAUGAGUACGUCCGCAUCGAGACGGCCGCCAGCAAGCAGCGCGACGCCGCGCGUGCAGGUGAAAAGGCCAAGGGCCCCUAG